CUUUACUACCAUCUUCGUCCAUUGCAUUGUCAUGCCGCUCUUUUCCAAUGUACCAGCCCUUCGCUUGACGCUCGCUUACGCGCUGCAUGACCCGUCCACUCUUCUGCCUCAUGGAACCAUUCCGACUUUGCUGUCUCUUCCGCUCCCAAUCGGACCCUCUCUUCCUACCAAGCCUAGAAUUCGAGCAAUUGUCCUAGACAAAGAUAACACGAUUUGUCCGCCGGAGACGGCUAACCUGCAUCAAGCCUACCUCAGUAAGGUCGAGAAGAUCAGGCAAAGUCCGGAGUUCUCCCAAAAUGUGCACAGUAUCUUGAUAGUAUCCAACACUGCUGGCAGUUCCUCAGCUCCAGAGCAUGAAGCAGAGGCAAAGCAGCUGGAACUCGAGCUUGGUCUCCCGGUGCUGAGACAACACCCGGACCGAAAGAAACCCCUCUGCGGGCCAGACAUUCUGAGAUACUUUAAAGAUCACGGUGUCACUGAAGAUCCCAAAGAGAUCGUGAUUGUUGGUGACAGACUUGCUACUGAUGUUCUUGUGGCUCGUGAGAUGGGCAGUUGGAGCGUGUGGUGCAGAGAUGGCUGGCGGAAUCCUGAAAUGCCAGGUCGAGACUACAGAGGGUUCUUGAGCAAGAUGGAGAACAGAUUCGAAAGACUCAUGAGGGGAGGUCUUGGAAGAACUGCUCCUCCACCAAAGACGGCGUUACAAUCGGAAAAGCCUUGACGAUGCAAAUCCACAAAAAUCUCGAUAUCCUUUUCCCUGGAACAGACCGAUCGCAGGACCAAAGCUACACUACCCUGGAGACCAUGAUAGGCGAACAUCCGAUGCAGCGUCACUGCAUCAAUCUCUCUCCUCGCUCGAAGAGUUUGCCGUCCCUCGCUUCACUUAUGCAGCAACACUCCUCUCUGUAAGCGGAACCAUGGUCCACCCCAGCUCACAGCUUCUCGAUCACAUCUACCGAACUUCCAGAGGUUACAGUCGGCGUCCCGGUUGAUGCAUCUUUGCUCGAUUGCGACUUUUGAUAACCAGGCAAUGGCUUGUUAUCCAUCGAGGACAAGGUUGUAGACCCAAAGAUUGCGUCUCGGCUGGGCUCAGGGGCAUUGAAGCUGUACGCCACAUUUCCUUUCUCACCAGCUGACUGGCAUCAGAUGUCAUUCUCCGACUGGCGAUCUGGGCAAUGGCGUCUUUCAGCGAGAAUCUGUUCUCUUUGACUCUCACUUCUAUCCUUCCUGAAAGCGGAAUUCGCGUCCAAUCUGAAUCGCCAUCUAGAUACAUGAAGCGUACGGCCUCAAAGAAGACAGUCUGGCUGCUUCCUGAGUUCUCGAGGCACCAGGCAUGUUUCAGGUCGAUUUGGUGCCGCGUACACUUUGCUCUUGAUGAGAUGAUAGAGUCGAUGGUCUCAUCACGACCCGUAUUUCUGUCGCUACCAUUGGUGUUGUCCUGGAAAUCUGCUGUAAACAGAUCAUUCAACUUCAUUCGACUCGGGUUCGAGCUGUCAUAUUCGCUGAAUAGAGCCUUAAGACACUGUAGUCCUUGGGGGGAUUUGUGCGAAAUUGCAUUGUACGAGCUAGUGUGCUCGUAUACGUGGACUUUGUUGCCCAUGACCUGAUCGACUUUCGCACUGUCACAUAUGGCUUCUGCUGUUCUUUUGGGUGGCCUUUGAAUUCUGUCACAAACGAGCGGAGUUGAUGCUGCGACAACGAUAUUUGAAGCACCCUCGGUCCCUGGUCGACAAUGAGAACGGUGGCGAAGCUUUGAGAAGAUUUGAGGAUCACCGCGGGUGACGGAUGAUUGGGGGGCCAAGCCACCUGCACAGCUCGCGCCCGUCGCCUUAAGGGGCAUCUCCCUCUUCGAUCAGGCGCCCCAUGGCAACAACAGUACAAGCUUCGAUCGCGCACAUAACUGGGUAUGAUUGAAAAUCAGGCAGCCUCGCCGACAAAAGUACAGAACUCGACCAGAUGAAAUACGGGAGACCAUCGAAGCCAAGGGCUCUCUCACACUCAGAUACGGCCUCGUGGGGUGUCGCUGUCAACGACAAACAAGUGCCUCAACAGGUAUUGGGAAAACUUCGAAGCCAAAGCAAGAGAAAAUACGAAUGGACCUGCGGAGUCCUUCGUAAGCAAAGGACGAUGGACGCAUGAAAUGGCAAGGUUUGGACUCUAUCACCAUCACUGCAUUCUACUAUCAUGGAACUGCUCCCUGGUGCGAAUCACAUGACUACCGUAGGUGUAUGCGUCUUAACUCAUGUCAUUAUGUCUAUCUACCUAGACUUGAUGCAGGCUCAUUUUGGCCUCUCCGUACACGUUCUGGACCUCCUCCGUCCAUUCUCCGACCAAAAAAUCGAUUCCAGCGAUAUCUCCAGCUGUCAGAUGGCGUGGGUGAGGGUACUGGUACUCUUGCGGCUGAAGGGAGAGUCUUUUGUACGAUGGCAGACUGAUUUUCAAGUCCCGGAAUUUUGGAUUGCCGUCAGGAUGGCGGGCGUUUGGCGAACGAAGGUCGAAAUGCUCGGCAGCAGUGUACACGCAGUCGUAUAGCUCCCAGCGUGUCGAGCCUGCUUGGAUGAGAAGACGAGCGAUCUGAAGGACUGUGCGCAGCUGCCAGUCUCUCUGGUGGGCGAAAUGAAUCAUUGGCACUUCAGCGCGCAUGAUGGCCCAAUGCAAGAACGAGGUCGGUCCGAAGAAGUUGGAAGGGACAGUCUGUAAGGCGGCGGUGGCCAUGCGGUGGCAGGCAAGUGAGUAGAUGGUCCAGUAUGCGUUUGGUAAGUCGGUGAGCUGGAAAGCGUCAAAAUCUCGCGCGGCGAGCAGGGGGCGAAUGGCUGGAUGCCAGUGGAAGCAUUGCAGCUCGUCAGUGAGUUGCCAGAAGGUGAAGAGUGCUCUGUCGGCAUUGCCAUCUUUGAUGGCUUGAUCGAUCUUAUUGAGGUAUGACAUGAACUUCUGGAGGUAAAGAGUUGUCUGUUUGUUUCGUGGUAAGAGGCGCCAGGCUCUGGUGACGCUGAUGAGUGAUUGUGCAAUGUCGACGCAUACUUGGAUGCUUCCCACUGUCUCGGGCCGUCCGAUGCUGACCGUGACGGUUCUGAUACUCUCACCAAUCCAGACCAGGAGGCGCGGUGCGAGGUAAUCGACAAUGUCAUCUUCUUUGUUGUUUCCUCCAAAGUCGCUUGGCUGC